AUGGCGAUUUGUGAUUGUUGGUUGCAAAUCCAGAUUGGCCGAAUCCUAACAUUCGAAUCGGAAUCUCAGCUUUCAUGUUUCUACGAACCACUUGAAGUCGGAAUGAUUCUGAACAUUGGCAUGCGGCCAACAUUCGAUUCGGUGUACCCAAUGCAAUUCCGUGUCACAUCGCCAAGCGGGGACUUUUCGGACUGGGCAAGUGGAGAUGGCGAUGCUCAUAUGGAGCAUAAUACGACAGAAAAUGGAGCAUAUGAGAUUUGUGUUUAUACGAGAAGACCAAUGAAAAUCAACUUGUAUUUGCAGUUUUAUUCGCCGGAGAAGAUGGAAAAGUCGCUGAACGCCUUCUUCGACCAUAACAAAAUCUCCAAGGACAUUCAGAAUUCGGUGAUGGCUUCAACGCAUCGAAUUUAUAAAAUUUAUUAUCAUUUGAAGUUUUAUAAUCAGAUGGUAGUCCGUGACGAAGCUCUCCAACUCCACAAUUCAGAAUUCAUCCAAAACUACAAUAUCGCAUUCUGCAUCGUCGCAAUUUUGAUCACUAUUUCACAAGUGUACUAUGUCCGGAAGUUGUUCAGAAUCGAUCCGAAUAGAAUUCAGUUUUAG